GGUGGGCGGCAAAGGACAGUAGGUUUACGCAGCCGAGGAAAGAGUUUGUGUGUGUGAAAUUCAGUGUUUACAUUCUACUGCCAUUUUCCCGGGAUAUGGCACCCUCCGCAGUAUCUGUGCUGCUGGUGGCGGCAGAGAGGAAUCAGUGGCAGCGUCUCCGGAGCCUGCUGCUGCCUCCUAGAGAAUGGACUUGGAAGCAAAGAAACAUGAAAUACACAACAACCACAGGAAGAAACAUUACCAAGGUCCUCAUUGCAAACAGAGGAGAAAUUGCCUGCAGGGUGAUUCGAACAGCCAAAAAAAUGGGUUUGCAGUCUGUGGCUGUUUACAGUGAUGCUGACAGGAAUUCCAUGCAUGUGACUAUGGCAGAUGAAGCCUAUUCCAUCGGCCCCGCUCCCUCCCAGCAGAGCUACCUCUCUAUGGAGAAAAUCAUCCAAGUGGCCAAAAUCUCUGCUGCACAGGCUAUCCAUCCAGGAUACGGUUUUCUUUCAGAAAACAUGGAAUUUGCUGAACUUUGUAAACAAGAAGGAAUUAUUUUUAUAGGUCCUCCUUCAUCGGCAAUUAGAGACAUGGGUAUAAAGAGCACAUCUAAGUCCAUCAUGGCUGCUGCAGGGGUCCCUGUGGUGGACGGUUAUCACGGCGAGGACCAGUCCGACCAGUGCCUGAGGCGACAGGCGGGGAGAAUCGGUUAUCCCAUCAUGAUUAAAGCCGUCCGGGGUGGAGGAGGCAAAGGGAUGAGGAUUGCUAGAUCCGAAAAGGAAUUUCAAGAACAGUUAGAAUCAGCGCGGAGAGAAGCUAAGAAGUCUUUCAAUGACGAUGCUGUGCUGAUCGAGAAGUUUGUGGACACACCAAGGCAUGUAGAAGUCCAGGUGUUUGGUGAUCACCAUGGCAACGCAGUAUACUUGUUCGAACGUGACUGCAGCGUGCAGAGGCGGCAUCAGAAGGUUAUUGAGGAGGCCCCUGCGCCUGGUAUCAAACCUGAAGUAAGAAGAAAGCUUGGAGAGGCUGCAGUCAGAGCUGCUAAAGCUGUAAAUUAUGUUGGGGCAGGCACGGUGGAGUUCAUUAUGGACUCACAGCACAAUUUUUACUUCAUGGAAAUGAAUACGAGACUGCAAGUAGAACAUCCUGUUACUGAGAUGGUCACGGGAACUGACUUGGUGGAGUGGCAGCUUCGGAUUGCAGCAGGUGAGAAGAUUCCUUUGAGUCAGGAAGAAAUCCCUCUGCAAGGCCAUGCCUUUGAGGCCAGAAUCUAUGCAGAAGACCCUAACAAUAACUUUAUGCCGGGGGCUGGACCAUUGGUACAUCUCUCUACCCCUCUCGCAGACCAUUCCACUAGGAUUGAAACUGGAGUACGGCAAGGAGAUGACGUCUCUGUGCAUUAUGACCCCAUGAUCGCAAAGCUGGUCGUAUGGGCCGCAGAUCGCCAGGCGGCCCUAACGAAACUGAGGCACAGCCUUCGCCAGUUCAACAUUGUUGGUCUGUGCACCAACAUUGACUUCCUGCUCCACCUGUCUGCCCACCCAGCCUUUGAAGCUGGGGCUGUGCACACCGAUUUCAUCCCUCAGCACCAUGAGGACCUGCUGCCCCGCAGGAGGGCAGCAGCCAAGGAGUAUCUCUGCCAGGCUGCUCUGAGCCUCAUUCUCCAGGAAAAAGCUAUGACCGAUGCUUUCAGCCUUCAGACACAAGAUCCAUUCUCUCCGUUUUCAUUCAGCAGUGGAAGAAGACUGAAUAUCUGUUACACCAGAAACUUGACUCUUAGAGAUGGUAAAAAUAACGUGGUCGUAGCUGUAACUUAUAACCAGGAUGGGUCCUACAGCAUGAAGAUCCAAGAUGAAACCUUCCAAGUCCUCGGUGCUCUUCACAGUGAGGGAGACUGCACUUACCUAAGAAGCUCUGUGAAUGGAGUCCUCCGCAGGGCUAAGCUGGUCACCCUGGAGAACACCGUGCACCUGUUCUCCAUGGAAGAAAGUAUUGAGAUUGCCAUUCCAGUGCCCAAAUACUUGUCUUCAGUGAGCUCAGAAGGCAUUCAGGGAGGUACCAUAGCUCCUAUGAUGGGAACCAUCGAAAAGGUGCUUGUGAAAGCUGGAGACAAAGUAAAAGCUGGAGAUUCUCUGAUGGUUAUGAUCGCCAUGAAGAUGGAGGUGCGUGGAAUCCACACCAUAAAGGCCCCCCGAGACGGCACGAUAAAAACAGUGUUCUACACGGAGGGGUCGCAGGCCGACAGACACUCCCGUUUGGUCGAAUUCGAGGAGGAAGAACAUGACAGGAAGGAAUCGGAAUAAACCCACCACAGAAACUCCGGUUGUGCAGAAAAAGCGAGAAAGUACCUCCUGCUUCCACCCGGCUCCCCUAGGUAGCAGUUUCACCAGAUAAAUGAUCACGAGGGGCUGAAACGCUUUCCCAUAGGAGAAUCAUGUACUGGGGUCCCAAAUGCAGUACUACCUGGUCUCAAAAGGAUUCCUACUAAUAAAAUUGAAUUCUACUUUUUUUAUUAUUAGAA